AUGAACUCCGCAAGCCAUGUCGCACGAGCGGGUCGGUGCUGGCAACUUCCAGGCUUAGGCUGCCGCGCGUACAGGCGGUUACUCUACAAGCCUGAGUUUCCUUCUGACUUGCCGCCUGCGCUUCGGCAGAAUGCCGCCAUCCUUCGUCACGCAGCUCCCGAGGUAUCACCGCACAAGGCCGUGUUCACCAUACACGCCUCUCAGAGAAUCUGGGAGAUAGCUUUGGAACUAUGUGCCAAAGGAGCUGUCAACGACCUAGCUGCCAAUAUCAUCUACAGGGCACUGGCAGCUUUGGACUGCACGGACUGGAAAGAGUACAGACGAAGACAGGAGGAGUUCCGGCAAGACUUGUUCACCGCAUGCUCAAAUCUCUUUGAGGUGCAUCACGUACAUGCAGGCGCCGAGUGCAUCUUUGGAGUCUUAAACGAGACGACGAUGAGGUCGAUCUCCCCAGUGAUGAAGACCCCGAAGCGGCAGAAGCUUCGAGACCUGGUGGUGGACAUCAUCGAGGAGUGGGUUCUGCUGCACCAAGACUCCUUCAGUCGCAUCAAUGGCAGCAAGCUCCUGGACGUGGUCGGUCCUGCUGCUUUCAUUCAGCUCAUCCCUCGCUUUGGCAUCAGUCCGAGAAGCCUUACAUCCGACGACUUGGAGGUUCUCUUCUAUCACUUGACGGAGGAGGCGCGGGACCUCUUUGGCGUGAUCCGCAUGGGGCUCUCCUUCUUGCCUGUGGAAUCGAUAAACGAUUCGCUGGGAGGAUCCAGCUGGUCCCUGAGGAGGGUGCUGAAAGUCAUCGAGGCCCGGCAAAGUGAGCAUGGGCUUCGCUUUUUCCUUGCCCAUCUGGAGCCGAUCUCUUUGCUCUUGCAGGCGCUGGCAGCAUUGCGUGAGCGAGACUUGGAUACUGGCCUGUCACGAAGCCCGUGGUCCUACUCCACUAGCCUCUGUGUUGAGGCCGAUGUGCGCUCAGGGAAGCCCCUGCUGCCAAAGCUGCCACAUAUCUGGCCCAUGCGACCGCCUCCCUUGCCGAUUCCGCCCAAAAGGGCUCCUGUGGACGAGGAUGAAGAGAUACCACGGAGACAGAGAAUGUGGCUGACAGAUGGGGAGCUGAUGCCUUUAUCAAUGGCGCGCCGACGACCCAAGCCUUUGGCAGGGUUGGCUCCACCAUCCCGCAUGCGCGACACUUCGUGGCCGCAGCUUGCCUUCGAUCCGGUGGGGUCGCUCAAACUGUUAACAUAUCCGGGGCCAUAUGUGGAUAUGAGCGGGUGA